AUGUGGUUUGUACUGCUGGCUGUUUACAGCUUUGAAAUAUUCUGUAUUUUUGUAUUUGUCGUGUACUGCGUCGUCACGUUUCUUAUGAUAAUGUACCAAACUCGAACGGAGGAAUUAAGAAAAUGCAUCGCACCUGACAGCAAAAACUUAGAAGCCGAACUCCCAGUUGAAGUCCGUGAAAUCGUGGACGAUAAUUUAGAAGUGUUAACGGAAAAGCUUACAGAAAAAGAACGUGUAUUACAGCAAUCGCAUUACGAAAUAAAAAGUGCGGAGAAAGUUUUGUCAGAUUUAGAGCAAAAGACGUCGUCAUGUCGUGACCGAUACAAAUCGUUGAUGUCGGACUUGAAAAAGGAUGUUCGAAAAACGGAGGAAGAGGUAAAAACGUUGCAAAAUCAAAUUUCGAGUUUGUCGGUUCGACGAGAGGUUUUUAGGAACGAAGCGUUGAAGCAACAAGAAGAUUAUCAAAAAAUGUUAAACAAUUUUACCAAGGAGUUAGAACACAAAAAAGCUUUAUUUUCCCCGAGCAGUGGAAAGUCAAGACAACCACGUGUGAGUUGUCUCGCUUUAAAAUGAAAAAUUUCACCGCAUUCUUGGAUGUACAUAAUAGUGAUUUUUCGAUAACUGUUCGCAGUAUUGUUUCUCGUAUUAAAAGGCAAAAACUGAAAACGAGUAAUUAAAAAGACGCGAUUGUACGUUGUU